GCGGGGGGAGGGGCGCUGGCUGCCGCCUGUGGAGGAGCCGGAGCGAGAGCUGGAGGCGGCGAUGGAGCCGGGCGCGAGAUAAGAGGAUCUGAAUGUGCCUGCCUGUUGCAGAACAGAUCUUACUUGGUGAACAAGAAUGUUCUCUUGUUGCAUCUUCUUUUAAAAGAUUGUGAGUCAUGCCUUUAGUAAAGAGGAACAUUGAACCUAGGCACCUCUGCCGAGGAGCUCUGCCUGAAGGAAUUUCCAGUGAACUGGAAUGCGUAACCAACAGUACUCUUGCUGCUAUUAUACGGCAACUUAGCAGUUUAAGCAAACAUGCUGAAGAUAUAUUUGGUGAAUUGUUUAAUGAGGCCAACAACUUCUACAUUAGAGCAAAUUCCCUUCAAGACAGAAUUGAUCGCCUUGCUGUCAAAGUUACCCAGCUGGAUUCAACAGUAGAAGAGGUAUCUUUACAGGAUAUCAAUAUGAAAAAAGCAUUCAAAAGUUCAACAAUACAGGACCAGCAGGUGGUUUCAAAGAACAGUAUUCCUAACCCAGUGGCUGACAUUUACAAUCAGAGUGACAAACCACCUCCAUUGAAUAUUCUUACACCAUAUAGAGAUGAUAAGAAAGAUGGGUUGAAGUUCUAUACUGAUCCCUCCUAUUUUUUUGAUCUUUGGAAAGAGAAAAUGUUACAAGAUACUGAAGAUAAACGAAAGGAAAAAAGGAGGCAAAAGGAGCAAAAACGUAUAGAUGGCACAACCCGGGAGGUGAAAAAAGUUAGAAAAGCCAGGAACAGGCGCCAGGAGUGGAAUAUGAUGGCAUAUGAUAAAGAGCUUAGACCUGACAACAGGUUGUCUCAAAAUGUGUACCAUGGAGCAUCUUCCGAGGGAUCACUGUCCCCAGAUACUAGGUCACAUGCAUCUGACGUUACAGAUUAUUCUUAUCCUGCUACUCCAAAUCAUUCCCUCCAUCAGCAGCCAGUAAUGCCUUCAUAUGGAGCAGGAGAUGGUCCACAGUAUAUGGGUGUAUCCCAGGGCCAUGAACAUGAAUACAGACCACCUUCUACAACAGUGCGACAUCCUACCUUAAACAGACCUCAGCAACCACCUCCACCUCCACCCCAGGCUUCAGAUAGUUCACACAGCUCUGUACCUUUGGUACCAGCAGACUAUGGGAUGCUUCCAGCUCAGAUAGUGGAUUAUUACAAUCCUACAGGACCUCCCCCUCCUCCCCCUCCCCCUAUGAUUCCUUCAGCACAAACUGCUUUUGUUAGUCCUCUUCAGCUUCCUGUGCCACCGUCUCAUUCUGGACUUGUGACUGGAUCUACUUAUGCUGCUACUCCUCAUCCUCCUCCUACUGGGCUAGUUGUUACAGCUCCCCCUCCUCCUGGCCCUCCUCCGCCGCCGCCAGGCCCUCCUGCUGCAGGUUCAUCUCUCUCUUCCUCCCCAAUGCAUGCUCCUCCUGUUGCUGAGACAAAACGACAUGAAACCGCACAGGCACCAAUCAGUGAUGCUCGAAGUGAUCUUCUUGCCGCCAUUCGUAUGGGAAUUCAGUUGAAAAAGGUACAAGAGCAACGUGAACAGGAAGCAAAGCGAGAACCUGUUGGAAACGAUGUAGCAACUAUCCUUUCAAGACGCAUUGCUGUGGAGUACAGCGAUUCUGAUGAUGAUUCUGAAUUUGAUGAAAAUGAUUGGUCAGACUGAGAUCUGUUCCAUGUGCUAUAGCAAAAUUCAUGACACUUAGCUUAAGUGGUCAUGGUGUUAGUGGGAUAGAAGUCUGGGUGUUGAUACGUAUUACAACUAAUGAUCUAAGCACUAAAAAUGAAUUGGUAUUAUUUGGAAUGCUGUAGCUUAACAACUCUGGUAAUAAUAAUAAUGUGAUUAUGCUUAUACAGAUCCAAAAAUUUUCUUACUUUCAGUAUUUACUGCAUAAUACUUAAGUGCCACUAAAUGUAGCAGAUCAUGUGCUGCACACAAAGUAGGCUGCAGUUAUUGCACUGUUACAAAACCAGCAUUUUGUUUUGUUUUCUUGAUAAUGAAGGUAUAUGGCAUAUUUUUACUUUACAUUUCUUAUUCUAUAUAAUUUUGCAGACCUAUUUUGUACUUGUGAAGCUGUCUGGUUGUUAGUCAUUUAAGUCCUUGAAGGUUAUUGACACAUGACUAAAAGAUGUCUUCAGGUCCUUACAUUUUACCUUUCUAACAUUUUUCAGAAGUUAUGACUAUCUUGAAAUACAAGAGAUAGUAAAUAAGGGUGAUUAUAACAAGUGCAGAGGUUGUUCCAAUGCGCUGGAUUAAUAGUCUGCUGGAGUGUAGCAGUUGCUGCGCUCCAGCAGCCUCCUGCAUCUUGUAUAUCAGCAUCCCCCGUGCUUAAAAAUGGUGGUGGGGACACUUGAACUAAAACUCGUCAAAUGAGCUUUAGUUCAAGUGUCCCCGCCACCAUUUUUAAGCAGAGGAGAUGCUGAUAUACAAGACACAGCAGUGCUUUAAUUAGAGUGGCGCUCAGAACCGCUUUAAUUAAAUGCUGCUUCCCUCACCCCUGGAGGGGUGUUAAAAAUAUAAAAGUGGUACAUGUAAAAGUGCCCUAAAUGUUUCUCUGCAAUGCUCUUUUAAGUCAACUCUUGACUUAGUAGCUUGCACAUGUAUUUGGAUUUGGAAUUUUUAGCAUUAUAUAAUGUUAAUUUUCUUUAUGCAUUAUAGCUGUUUGAAAGUCUCAGUUAGAAUAUAAGUUUUGAAGAGUAAAUUCUUAGGGUUUGGUAAUUAUUUUGGGAGCAAGAUGCUUACUAGGAUUUUAGCUCUAGGUUGCUGGCAGCUGGGUUGAUAGUAUGAGAAGGUGGAACCGUGAAGUCGGCACAGAAAAAUUUGCCCCUCUGCUAUUAUUGCUAAGCCUGUUUCAGGGCUGUAUGGAACAGUUUUAGUCCAGUGCUAGCAUUCAGAUACAUUUCACAAGUAUUAAACUAAGUUUUUAUUUCUAUAGCUAUAAAUGUUUGUGGAUAGGACUUGAUUAUAUUGUAUGUGAAGAGUCAUGUAACAUUGCUUUCACUUUCUUAUAGCACGCUCAUUGAAGGUCCUUGAUUUUCUUGAAUGUAUUUCUAUCCCAAUAUGUUCCAUUUUAUAUAACUGGCAAUGAACAUGGUUUAAUUGUUUAGAUACGAUGCUGUAUAUAUUUUCAUUAUUUUUUCCCCUAGGAAAAGGGACUGCUAUCCACUCUGCUUUUGCUAUCUCUGUUCCCUUUAAAUAUAAUUCAUAGCUUAUUCAAUACAGUAUUGAAAUUUUAAUUUUUUUCUUCAUAUACUGUGACUCAGGCUGCUGCUUUGUCUAAUACGGCUUUUUGGUGGAGCAGUGGGCUAGAAGAGGGAGAAGAAGAGGGGGUGUGUGUGUGUGUGCGCGCGCGUGCAUGUGGGGGUAGCAGGAUGGGAGGGAGGGAAGAAAUGGUCUUUUUUUCUCCUUACCAGGUUACUAUUUUAAUCUUUAUAAAAGAAAAAAAAUCAGUGUAAUUCUAUGUCUAAUAUUUGGUAAAGCUCCUUUGUUCUGCAAGGCCCUUCUGUUCCUAAAAGGAAGAAAAGAAUUUAUAUCCUAACCAUUUAUUUUUACCCACUCUGAACUUCCACCCCUUUUCAUCCCAGCCCAUGCACAAGCCUUGUCUAAAAAUUUUGUCCAAAGAGAAUUUUGUUUUUCACAAAAUUUACUUGAAAAUUAUUGGCUACUUUAUUACUGUUUAAGGAGUUUCUGAUUUAUGAGAAUCUUGCAUUAUAGUAGUCAGGCAAAAAUGCCUUUGCCUCAGUGUUUGUGUUUCACUGCCCAUAAGGGCCUUAUCCUUUCAGAUGUGAGCAAUGGGAGCAUAAUGGUGAGCCACCAGAGCUCCCAUUAACCAAUGAGAGCCAAAGAUGCUCAGCUUCCUAUAGAAUUAGGUAUAUAUUUGUCUUUGCCUUAAAACACAGGGAUAAAUUCUCCUGUUGAUUUUGUGCACUGAGGUCUAUAGGUGUGCACAUUGCAGGACAGAACACUUGGACCAUACCUGGUAGUGGUUCUUCAUUAACAUGCAGAAGACAGUGUUUGUGUUGGUCACCAGGAUAUAGUUAUACAGUAGCUUGCAGAACACAAUGAUAUUUUGUGGGGUGAGCAAAUAGAUAAAAAUGCAACUAAUACUGCAGUGUUAUGUCACUGUAUGGGUGGGAGAAAUACUUUCCAUAGUCUUUUUAUAUGUAUCAAGAUAAAAUAGCACAUUACACAAUUCUUUCCAUUCUAAUGAAAUUUGAUAUGAUAGAAAAUAUAUUUUAUGAACACAGUCUGAAUGACCAUCAUGGAAACUUUGUAAUUUGCAUUAAGUAAUUUUAAAAUGAUAAUCUGUGAUCAGUUAAGGAUAAUUGGGAUUUUUCAGCCACAGUAGCCAAACCGUUUUUCUAAACUUGGGAGUAUUGUCAUUUCCUUUCAGUAUUUUAUCAGUACAAAUGUCAAUUAAAUUUAGUGAUGUAAACUAACUUAAUCUUAGGUCAUUUUUAUCUGUUUGUAUAGCUUACUCUGGAUUGUGCAAAUGUAACAAAUAUGAAUAAAACCUCA